UUGGGUACGAGAACAUAAUCUUCAUCAAUCCGGGUCGAAGUUUAGACCGCUCACAGUAGUUCGACCUAUAGAAAAGAUCAUGAAAGAGGAGAGAACUCAUUUAUGAUUCCAGCCGAGAAGACUAGUCAAAGGAAGGAUCAAGAAUGUCAUAUAUUUCAGGAGCAAGAUCAGUUGCCGAUAAACAAGUCAGAAUUGCCUCAACUCAAAUUGAUGGAAUUGGACCUAAAAAAGCCAUUCAGGUUCGUUAUCGAUUAGGUAUCAGUGGGAACAUAAAGAUCAAAGAGUUAACUAAGUAUCAGAUCGACCAAAUUGAACAAAUGAUAGGUCAAGAUCAUAUUGUUCAUUGGGAAUUGAAGAGGGGAGAACGAGCAGACAUCGAACGAUUCAUUUCUCUUUCUUGUUAUCGUGGAAUUCGUCAUCAAGAUGGAUUGCCCUUACGCGGUCAACGAACUCAUACUAAUGCUAGGACUUGUCGCAAGCGAAUUCGGAAAUGAAAUCAGUCUACCGCUCCGUUAGGAGUCUGAAACCGGAGGAUAGGCUUUUCGCAAAUUCUUUGCUCCUAGCGGAGGCUCCGUAGGAGUUGAGGGUCCUCCGUAUUAGCUUUCCAUUUGAUCCACGAGUUCCUUCGGUUCAUGAAUA